AUGACUGCACCUGGACUGAAUAUUGUUGAUCCAUUUUUACAAAAACCGUCAAUUACUAGAACACGAAAAAAGCGUUUACAAGAAUCAGCUCGUUUUGGAUACAAAAUAUCUAAAGAAUUAGAAGCAUUACCAUCAUUAAAAGAAACACUGUCUGAUCAACAAGAAAAACUUUUUAUUCAAAAAUUAAAACAGUGUUGUGUUAUAUUUGAUUUUUGUGAUGCAGUGGGCGAUUUAAAAAGUAAAGAAAUAAAACGAGCUUCAUUAAACGAAUUGGUUGACUAUAUUACGGUAACCCGAAAUUGUAUAACAGAACAAGUUUAUCCUGAAAUAGUUAAUAUGAUUUCUAUUAAUUUAUUCCGAGUAUUGCCGCCAAUCAAUGACGGUGUAUCAGACACGGAUGUUGCUGAAGAAGAUGAACCGACUCUGGAAGCAUCAUGGCCACACGCACAAAUUGUCUAUGAAUUUUUUCUACGGUUUCUUGAGUCUCUUGAUUUUCAACCAAAUAUUGCCAAAAAGUAUAUUGAUCAAAAAUUUGUAUUACAAAUACUUGAACUAUUUGAUAGCGAGGAUCCACGUGAACGUGAUUUUUUAAAAACAAUUCUUCAUCGUAUCUAUGGAAAAUUCCUUGGCUUAAGAGCAUUUAUACGCAAACAAAUUAAUAAUAUAUUUCUUAGGUAUAUUUAUGAAUUUGAAAGAUUUAAUGGCGUAGCUGAACUACUUGAAAUUCUUGGCAGUAUUAUUAAUGGAUUUGCAGUACCUCUUAAAGAUGAACAUAAACAUUUUUUGAUCAAAGUAUUAGUGCCGUUACAUAAAUCUCAUAAUCUUCAGUUUUUUCAUCCACAGUUAGCGUAUUGUGUUGUACAGUUUAUUGAAAAAGAUUUAUCUUUAAGUGAACCAAUUAUACGAGGCUUGUUAAAAUUUUGGCCAAAGACGUGUAGUACAAAAGAAGUUUUAUUUUUGAAUGAAUUAGAAGAAAUUUUAGAUAUAAUCGAUCCACAAGAAUUUAAAAAGAUUAUUGGACCAUUAUUUAGACAGAUAUCACGAUCUGCAGCUAGUUCACAUUUUCAAGUGGCUGAACGUUCAUUAGCAUUUUGGCAUAAUGAAUAUGUUAUACAAUUAGUCGAAGAUAAUUUAGAACAAAUUCUACCAAUUAUUCUACCAAACUUAUGUCGAAUAUCAAAAACCCAUUGGAAUGCAAAUAUUGUUCAACUCGUUUAUAAUGUGUUAAAAUCAUUUAUGGAUCUUAACAAUAAAUUAUGUAAUGAUAUAUUGAACAGUCUGAAAAACGAUGAACAAAAACUAGCAGAAAAAGAACAAGCACAUAGUGCCUUAUGGCAACGAUUAGAAGAAUUAAAUAUUAAUAAACAACAUGAUAUUGAAUGA